GCGCUCUCAACCAACGAAUACCCCAUCUGCGUCGGCUACCCGUCGUAGUCAGCCGUGCCCAUGCCUCCACCUCCACCGCCCCGGCCCGUCCUGAUCCUUCUUCCUCAUCUCCCGCAGUGAAAGAAGACCGCAUUGAUCCCAAAACGCUCGUGCUCGGGCCACAGUCACCGCAGCGCAUGGAGGCGCGCUAUCGUCAUAUCGAGUCCGACCUCCUUUACCUGCUGUAUGACCCGCACAUGCCCGCCGACCUCCCGGAUCCAAUCGUGCACAUCCCACUACCCAACCCUGACAACCCAUACGAAGCAAAUCGACAUCUCGUUCGACCAAAAGGCGGUCAUCUCCUGCGACCAAAUGCGAAGCCUGUCAGUCCUUUCACACUCCCCAAGCUGCAAAAGAUCGUCUUCCACUCGUAUGUCAAGGAGGCUGCACACAACAAGUCCGCACUUGUGCCUGCGAUCGCCGCUGCCCGCGCCAUAAGCGGGAGCACCCGGGAGGGGGGCAACAUCCCCGGACUAUCUGGCGUACAGCUUGUCUACUCGCGGCGGAGUUUGCCUACCUGGCGCCUUCGUGAGGGCGUCGCAAUAGGCGUCAAAGUAGAGAUGCGCGGCGAGCAGAUGUGGGCGUUCCUCAACAGCCUCAUCGAAUUCGUCAUUCCUCGUAUGAGGGACUUCAAAGGCUUUGCACUCCCCACAUCCUCCUCCAGUCCCAACACGCCGAACAACAUUUCCGGCACGGUUAGUGUCGGCUUCCCACCUACGGCGAUGGGCCUGUUCCCCCAGAUCGAGAUCAACUUUGACAACUACCCGAGGAUGUACGGUUUCCAUGUCCAGUUCGUCACGGACCAGCGAGGGAAGGGAGCCCAGGACAGGGCAAGGCAGCUGAUGAGCGCGUUCAGGAUUCCGUUCGUGAGACGGUGAGGCUGGAAUGUACGCGAGCGACGUGGCAGGGCAUGUAGAGCAAGCAUAAUCCAAUCAC